AUGGCUUCCUCAUCUCUAACCCCCGUGAUUCUAACCACUGCUCUCCUUUUCCUUGUCUUCGCCAACCCAGCAGCCGCCUUUGGAGCUGGUAAUAUUGCCUCCUUCUCUAAGAUUGAGGGCUCAAACUUUCGCCAUGGAGACAUUGAAGAUGUGCUGUUAACUCUGUAUAUGGCUCGCUCUGCUGGCGGGCGAAAGUUCUCGAAGAUGGACGUGACGCACGUCUACUUCGGCAACUGGCUGCGAGAUUAUAGUCAGGCUGUUGAUGUUGGUACUGUGAAACACGUCAGCGCUGAGGCUGUUCGCAUCCUUAUCUGGAUUUUGGGGUUUCUGACUUUUGGAUAUGGCGUUGAUGAAUUUGAAGUUACGGCUGAUCGUCUCGGAUGCUACCAGCCCACUGAACACAUCGAUAACCCACUUGGAUACGCGGACGGAGCUGAUGCAAGACAGUAUGACCGCCGCCUUAGAGGACCCGUUGAUAAAAGGAGAGAACUGUCUAUUGACGAGCGUACAGGACUCAAAAACUACAUUGCCUCUGAGGACCUUGGGAUCGACACGUCGGCUGACCUCAUUAGGAGAGUUUUGGGAGGUUGCAUCAAACUGGGUAGGAAACAUGCUCGCUCAGGCAACAAAGCGGAUCUAUAUGAAGCCCUUCGCUUACUAGGUACUGGUCUACACUGCCUGGAGGAUUACGCUGCCCACUCAAAUUAUACGGAGCUGAGUCUGAUUGAGAUGGGUGAGCGUGAUAUAUUCCCCCACGUUGGCCGUAACACCAAGAUACAGCUUCCCGGAGCUCAGCACUCGGUUUACCCAAUUGUUACUGGAACCUUUGGUGGAGUGGACUUCCUUCACUCGGUCAUGGGCGAGUUCUCUGACAAGGCUACCCAAUCAGAAAUUCAAACUCUCGAGGGCGCCAUCGCGGAGACCCAGAAUCAAGGCGGUGCCAAAAGUUUUCUCCAGGAGUUGUUGGCUAAAAUUCCUGCAGGUAUUAUUGGUGGGAAUGAAUCAGGCAAAAUGGACGAGUUUCAGAGCAAUGCGCAGGCACAGGCGCAACAAGAGAAUGUAUCACCACAUGAGCCCGAGGCAUGGACUCGCUAUCUCCAAGAUGUUACCCGACAGGUAUACCCGGUUUUAGAAUGGCACGAUAACCUUCUAAAGACAAUCAACAAGGCUAUCCAAAACAUUCCAAUUCUUCCAGAGUUGAUUGAACAGAUACAAGAGCAAAUCAAUAUUUUCGUGUUUAGUGUCAUUGCACCAUACGUUCUGCCAAUUAUCAAUCAAGUGAAGGCAGAAUUGGAAACGGGCUCUUCCGAAAUCAUUCAAAGCAGUAAGAAGGAACAGCACAACAUUUUUAAUGACGAUGAUUCAACUGAUCCCACUCAUUCUAUGUUGUCGAAGGACCAUUUCUCAAACUUGUUGAAUGAACCGGCUGGAAAGAUUGCACAACAGGUGGUUAAAUGGGCUGUCCCUCAGAUAAUGGAAUGUUGGGAUGACGAGAACAUUGAUGUGAACCGUACAUUGAACAGAAUUAUCACUGGUGUCUUUCACCACCCUGCUCACCGAGAUUUCGGUGACGAUGGCGCAGCUGAUGUUCGCCGAAUGAUGUUUGGUGUGGUCGAAGAAUGGUGGCGUGAAAACGGCGAUAAUGGGGUAAGAAGGCAAUUGAGCCGAGAUGGUGUUAGAAAUGGUGAGAACCAUAAGCCCGGUGUCCAUGACUGUGGCCAUGGAAGCGGAAAGCCAUUAAAGUUGUCAAAGAAAUCUAAUCACGGAUCUGGUUCGACUGGCGGGUAUGGUCAAGGAACUCAAGCCAACGAGUUAGGUAAACUUGCGGAAGAGGCUGUUGGUGGUGGUGCAUUAGGUGGGCUGGUGGGCGGCAUCGCAGGAGCCCUUGGGCAGGCGCUAGAUGAAGAGAAACCCAAGAAAGAUUAUGACAAUGACAACUAUGGCCGUCAUGGCGGACGUUAUAACAAGCAUGAUCAACCUAGUCAUCCUCAGUCGGGAGGCUACCAACAAUCGGGAGGAUACCCGCAGGGAGGAUACCAGCAAGGAGGAAAUCAGCAAGGAGGGUAUGAGCAACCUGGCUAUGAGGGCCGUCAGUCAGGCUACAGCCAACCCAGUGGGUAUGGCCAGCCUGAUGAGACAAGAUACGGUCGCGACACCGGCCGUAGCAGUGGUUAUAACAGGCAGGAGGGGUAUGGCGAGGAGAGGUCCCAUGAAUCUAAAUAUGAUCAGUCUAGCAGGUUUGGCGGAGAGGCCAGCGAGUAUUAUGGUCAAACCCAAGAAAACUCUAGCUCUUCCGAUCGCUACAGAGAGCAUGACACAAGGUCAUCUCGGCGGGAACCCGAAUAUUCGUCUGGCCGCUAUGAGGACCGAGACGGCAUGUCAUCUCGGAGGGACCAUGGAUACCCAUCCAGCCGAUACGAGGAGCAAGAGUCUAGGCAUUCUCGUGGGGAUUAUAGAGGAGAUGAUGACUAUGGUCGAGGCGGUUCAAGGAAUUACGAAAGCUCCCACUAUGGAAUGGACCAGCGCCGCCGUAGUAGUCGGGAGCGAGACUAUGAUCGUGAAGAAGAGUAUGAAAGACGCUAUAAAAAGAACAGUGAUGACGACGAUGACGACGACGACGAUGAAAGACGUCGACGCCAUCAUCACAAGCACCAUGGACGCCGUCAUUCUUGA